AUGCCCCGCGUCGCGAUCGAGCUGGCCGAGCGGUCGCAGUGGUCGGCGCUGGUCGACCUCCUCGCCGAGCAAAAGCACGCAGCGCGCGAGUGCGACGACUUUGGCAUGCUCGCGCUGCACUGGGCGUGCACCGAUAGCACGGUCUCGGUCGCGGCAAUCGAUGCGCUCCUCGACGCGUACGAAGCCGCAACCAUGCGCAUCAACAAGGGCGGCCUCCUGCCAUUGCACAUUGCCGUCAAAGCGAAAGUCGACGACGCGAUCUUGCUUCGGCUCAUCACGGCCUACCCCGAUGCGCUCAUCGUCAACACGCCGACCGACGAGACGCCGGUCGAUCUCGCCGAGAAGGUGCAGUCGCCCGCGUACAUUUGGCUCCUCGAGCACGAGAACGCGUACCGCAUUGCGUCCGGCCUGCUGCCGAGGCGGCAGGCCGUCGUCGCUGAAACGACGAGAAGGCGUGCCACAUCUGCCACACUCCGGUUCAGCACGUUCCGGGCGCGGCACCACUGCCGCGCGUGCGGCGUCUCGGUCUGCAGUGCGCACUCGAACAAGCGCAUUCCGCUGCCGUACCUCGGGAUUACCGUGCCCCAGCGCGUGUGCACCACGUGCUUUGACGCGGCGUCGCACCGGCCGAGCCAAGUGCCGCCGACGCCCAACCGCGCGCGGUCCCAUACGACCAUGUCGAUGCUCAAGCCGCCACCGCGCCGCAGCAACACGCCUUCGCUCAUGGAGGACGAGAGCAAUUCGAUCAAUGACUUUGCCAUGCCUCUCUUGCCCUCGAAAGCGAUUCCGCGGUACAAGCGCUUUCACUCGCGCGCGACGACUUGA